UCAAUAGUGUAUAAGGAAAGCUUUGCCCUCUAUAGUCCAUUCUCGAGCCUAGUACGAUGAAUUAUGGAGGAAAAAGACCAUGGAGCUAGUCGACACUCCAUACCUUUCCGGUUCCGUCGAAUCGCUAUGCAUAAAUGAUGUCUUCCUUUUGAAAAUUCUAUCAAAAUUUGAUCAUUUGGCAAAAAUGAUGAAAUCACUCCUGAAAAUGGUAUCAAAAUGACUAUCAAAAACUUCGAAGUUUUAUCAAACUGCAUAUCAAAUUAUAAAAUGCAUCCUAAAAAUUUCUAAAAGCAGCUGGAUUUACCUGAGAAGGGCUACUAAAUGUAAGCCAAUAAUUCUUCAUUUUGUCGCUGAAAAUAUUUUCUACCCACAUUGUGUGGAACAGUUUAUAAAUUUGCCUUGAAAUUACAAGUUAAUUCAGUACAGGAGUAAACCUGAGCUCCUUGGGUUUUGUAUGACAGCAUUUUGGUAUGCAAUAGUAGAGUUAGUAACGCAGGACACUUCUUCUGCAUAUAAAGUCUAAUAAUCUGUAGCCAAAUCUGAAGAAAUUUGUGUC